UAGGUGGGCCGUUCUCAUAUUGGGUGGGUACAGCGCUGCUGCCUCAAGCUUCAGCUAUCAACUAUCUGAAGGUAACUGCCAUUCUGCCUGGAGAAUGAGCAAACAGGAACGAUUUAAGACCAAACAACUCACUUUACCUUUUCUCUCUUUCUCCCGCCUUUAUUCUUAAUUUCCUAUCCAAUUCCUCUUUUCCUACGCGCGAUCAAUUGGAACGAAUUCCUAUUCGCUUCGAGUCCCAUUGCGCCACUGUUGUUAGCGACAGUAUUUAUUCAUUUGCCUUUGAUACAUGGAACACCACACCAUGGAUAUCAAGACUAACACCAUGGGUCCUCAGCUUCAGUCUCGUCAGGGUGAUGAUAAGGUCAUUACCCUCCUAGACAUUCCCCUCGAGGUCAUACUCCAGAUCACAGGCUACCUUAAUACUGAGGAGUACAGCAACCUACGUCUCGUUUGUCGCCGCCUCACAAAGUUUCUCUUCGCGGCCUUCGCCAGGGACUUCUUCACCAAACGACAAUUCACACUUACAGAGUCCAGCCUCCAGGCCCUCAUAGACAUUUCCCAGUCUAAGUUUGGCCCUUAUUUGAAGUACCUCGUCAUUAGCCUUGAGCGACCGCCCUCUCCUGGCCCUGAUGAUUAUAUGGCUACCCAAGCCCACGACCUCAACUAUGUAUUACGUUAUAACAGGCCCCGCGAUGAAUACGUCAGUCACCAGACCCUAAUCAGCUCAGGUCAAGAUGUUGAGCUCCUCGUAGAAGCUUUCCGAAGUCUGCCUAACCUACAGACGGUCAGCCUACGAGAUUUCUGCUCGCCCACACGGCACCGCGACGGAACCGGUCAUACUUGGAAUAGUUACGGUGCUCCUACAUUCUUGGAUGAGACCGGACGCCGUUUUGAAUUCCCACGAUUUGGUCAUGGUGUCGGGAGUAUGUCAGAUGAAAGACCUUCAGCUUAUGUUAGCCAUGCGUUCUUGGCAAUAUUGCGAGCCCUGGGAAAGAUGAAGGGAUCUUAUGCUCCCCCCAGGUUUGAGGUUAUCUUAAGGGAGGUCCAUCUUCCGGACACUUCCUUCAACAUACCCCGCUACCUUGAGCGAACCAUAGUACCUGUCCUCGCCGACUUGAAGGCCCUUUUCCUAGAUCUGGGGCCGAAAUCCUUCCACGCUCUCAUUGUCAACAAUAAUGGCCAUCACGAAAAUUGCUCCGGCUUCCUUGUCCGCAAUUUUCUUUCAAAGGCAGUAUCCCUGGAGCAUCUGAGACUUAAUUUUAAGGGAUGUCGUAACUUCGUGACAAAGGAGCUUCUCCUUUGGCUUGCUGGGGUCCCCGAGCCCAACCCAAUUAGUUUACAACCUUCUAUAUCGGAAGGAAGUCAGAAACUGGGCACCCAAGUUGAUACGCGAGGAUAUCCUCCAAGCUUGCCACGAGCGCCCGACCUUCCCCAUCUAGACCAAUUAGAUAUUGGGAUGACGACACUGACACCGGAUGUACUCCUCAAUCUCUACAAGCGACACAAACCUACUAAGAUCACCCUCCACAAGGUUACCAUCAAAGCUGAGCAGCAAACCCCGACCAUGGCUAGAACUAACCAGUGGACCUGGCUCUUCGCCCAAAUUGCGAAGUCGAACCUAAGUCUUUUGGCGAUAAAUCUCUCGUCCCUCCACCACAUGUACAAGGCCAUGUCGUAUCCAGUGCAAUUUAAGCCGCUCAACCAGAAUCCCAAAAUCCCAGGAUCCUCUACCAAACAGUGGAGUGGUUUGGACUUUAAACGCAGUGCAAAAGAGUUCAUCGAAUCGGUAGCUGUUCAGUGGCCCAAUGAACAGGAUAUGGAUGUUGACGAUGACGAUGACGACAUCGAAUAUGAUGAUGAUGCAGACAUGGGGUUUGAUGACGACUCAGAAUUAGAAGAUUGAGAUGAUGGUCCUGCUGAUAUAGACGUCACCAACUAGAUGCCAGAGCAUCAGACGAUGCACCAAGAUUUUUCCUUUGUAUUUUUUCUUUUCAGCUACCCUGUCUACGGACUAGGGGCUGGGAAUGGGGCUGGUGGGAGGUGGACGCAAGUUACGAGAUUGAUAUUACUGCUAGUUCUGCUUGAUGGAUACCCUUCACAGGAGAAAGGGUUCCUACUGAUUUGUUGUAUCUAGCCAUGGACGUAUUUGUCCACAAAGUCGAGGAUUGACGUAUACGUCCACUGCGCUG